AAAGAUACCGCGAAACUAUUCUCGUGCCCCAGCUAGUCUGCUGUUUAAUUCGCUGGACUGAAGCUUUUCAUUCAGCUGAUUUACCGGCUUGAAUUCAAUCUUACUGAGUGAGAAACCUGAUCAGGACUUACUGGUGGAAAUGGGAGACGAUGUCCAGCAGACUUCUUGCUGUGAUACAAGAUGGUCGCAGCAACUGUCUGGACUUCCUCACAAGCUCCUACAGCGCCUGAUGCCUUUCCAAAGGGAAGGAGUGGAGUUCGCUUUGUCGAAGGACGGACGCUGUAUGAUUGCCGAUGAGAUGGGUCUUGGGAAGACGGUGCAGGCCAUCGCGGUGGCAUAUGCUUACAGGCAAGAGUGGCCUCUCCUGGUGGUGGUGCCCUCGUCUCUAAAAUAUCCCUGGAUUGAGGAGCUGGAGAAGUGGAUCCCUGAGCUGCAGCCUGGAGACAUCAAUCUGGUGGAGAACAAAAGCCACACCACAGGCAUCGGCAGCAGCAAGGUAACGGUGCUGGGUUAUGGCCUGCUCACCACAGACGCACGCCACCUAGUGGAGGUUCUGAGCAGGCAACAGUUCGCCGUGGUGGUGGUGGACGAGUCGCACUACCUCAAAUCCAGGAACGCAGCCCGAACUAAGAUUCUCGUCCCAGUGAUUCAGAAAGCAAAACGAGCCAUCCUGCUCACCGGUACUCCUGCUCUAGGUCGACCUGAAGAGCUUUUCAUGCAGAUUGAUGCCCUCUAUCCCAAGAGGUUUGGAACGUGGACAGACUACGCCAAGAAUUACUGCAAUGCCCAUUACAGAUAUUUUGGACCUCGCAGGCAGUGGGACUGUCGCGGGGCAUCCAACCUGGAUGAACUGCACCAGCGUCUGAGCCAGAUCAUGGUACGCCGUCUCAAAGCUGAAGUUCUCAGUCAGCUGCCCCCUAAAAUCCGCCAGCGUAUCCCCUUCGACCUGCCCAAGGAGGCUGCAAAGGAGGCCUCUGCCAGCUUCGCUGAGUGGGAGAGGCUGAUGAAGGGACUGGGGUCAGGAGUGGCCACAACAGACAACCCGUUCACUGAGGUCAUGAGCCUGGUGACACAGAUGUACAAGCAAACCGCUAUUGCCAAGGCUGGAGCUGUGAAGGACUACAUUAAGAUGAUGCUGGAGGCAGAGCAGCUGAAGUUCCUGGUGUUCGCCCACCACCUCACCAUGCUGCAGGCCUGCACCGAGGCCAUCAUCGAGGCUAAGGCUGGUUACAUCCGCAUCGACGGCAGUGUGCCGUCAUCAGAAAGAAUCCAGUUGGUCCACAAAUUCCAGAACGACCCAGAAACCAGAGUGGCAGUACUGAGCAUCCAAGCAGCUGGCCAGGGUUUGACCUUCACCGCUGCCAGCCAUGUGGUGUUUGCCGAGCUCUACUGGAACCCUGGACACAUCAAGCAAGCUGAGGAUCGCGCCCACCGCAUCGGGCAGACAUCCUCUGUCAACGUGCACUACCUCAUUGCCAAGGGCACCUUUGACACCGUCAUGUGGUCCAUGCUCAACAGGAAGGAAACCGUUACUGGCAGCACUCUGAACGGCAGGAAGGAGUACCUGAAGGCUGACGAGGGGGACAAGGACAGAUGGGAGUUCCUCAACUUUGCCAACGCUUGGACACCAACUGACAUGGUGCUACCGCUGGCGGGGAACUCAGGAAACAUGAAUGAAGACGUGUUUUUCACCCAUUUUGAGAUGGAGCAGCAGCACGACAUCCGUUCAUUCUUCUCUCCAAGUGCCAGUAAGGAGAAGAAGAGGAAAAGAACAGACGAAGAAGAAACGUCUCCCUCCAUCUCCUGGGAGACGGGUGCCAAACAUGUUGGCAGUAAUGAGGAGGAGGAGGAGAAUUCCUGUACUCCAGCAUCUUUUACACCUGACCCGGACUUUUCCCCGCAGCUGAAAAGGCUGCGGACGCCUCAGGCCAGGCCAAGCCCAAGGUCUCGAGUAAGGGGGAAGCGGAGGUCGACAACAGGGAGGAUCAGCCCCACCUCCGCGUUCCCCCGAAAGCUGUCGGAGCCCGAUUCCAUGUCGACGUGGAGCUGUGGGGCCUGCACCUACUCCAACAGCAGCCUGCUGCCUUACUGCGAGAUGUGCGAGUUCCCUCGCUCUGCCUCAGCUGUUAGUCCAGCUGGCUCAGAGCCACCCAGGCCUCCUCAACCCCACAUGACGACGGCCCAGCAGAGCAUCGAUGGCGAGCCGGAGCUGAGCCGGGUAAAAGCCAGAGAAGACAAAUGUGAUAAGCUUGGGGAAGAGGAUGAGCCUCCAAAAUGCAAACAAAAACUAGGAGACGUAGAGGAAGAGGACAAGCGGUGGCUCAAAGGCAAACAGUCGGCAGGAGAGGGAGGUGACAGCGUCCCUGGCAAUGUCGGCUGCCUCCCCCCUGACCACACACAAGACUGCGAAGAUGUGCCGUGUUCGACUUCUGCCUCUGAUGCUAAAGCCGAUGGGGAGGACAACGAUGGAGAUGACGCCAGCACCACCCAGUCCGUCUAUCCGGGCCUGCAGUUCUGCGCCAGCCUCUACACGGAUCGAGUAUAUCUCUACACCAAGGACGGAGCUCCGUUGAACUUGAGCUUCAUCCCUCUGGACAUCAAACUAACCAACUGGGACGACUUGCCCGAGGCCUUUAGCCAGCGCCGGGAAAAUCGAAUACAGGUCCUAAGGUUUGUUCAGGACUGGAGCAGCUUGGCAGCUAUGAAGCAGAAACUUCUUCGACGCAGCGCCCUUCUCUUCCACACUCCUACCCUGGGCCUGCAGCAGCUGGCCACCGCCCAGCGCCCGCACUCGAGCACCAAAAGGUACGUCAGCAGAGAUGAGGUGGCCCAGGCCUCCCUGACUAAGGCCCAAGAGGAGGGAGGCAGCGUCCGACUGGUCACCAAGGAAAACUUCUUUACAAAGAGAAAAUCUGUCUCUUCAUUAAUGCCAUUUUCUUCAAAGAGGGAGGAGAAGGAAUCCUGUAAAACCGAGGAUCAGAAGUCAUCGUCAGAGCUCGGCUAUCUGCAGGCUUUAGAUAGUCAAGGUGUCCCUCUAUGUCUCUCUUGCCAGCAGGGCUGCCCUACCACCGGUGGGGCGUGGGAUACUCGAUUCUGCAGCCACAAAUGCCAGGAGGAUUUCCAGUUGCGCUCUAGCCAGACGUACAUGCGCUCACGAGUGCUGGAGGCGGAGAAAGGUGUCUGUCAGCACUGUGGCCUCCACGUCCAUGACUUGUUCCUGAAGGUCCGAGACGCUCCACCCUCCCAGCGAAAGGAGAUGCUGGAGAACACCUGGCUCGCUCAGCUAUCGCUCAAACAGCUGAAUGAGAUGAUCCGAGCGCCGGUCGAGGGAGAUUUCUGGCAGGUCGACCACAUCCGGCCGGUGUACAGCGGAGGAGGACAGUGCUCUCUGGACAACCUGCAGACGCUCUGCACAGUCUGCCACAAAACCCGGACGGCUCAGCAAGCCAAAGAACGAAGCCAGAUGAGGAAGAGCGCAGCAGCCUCCAAGGUUGCAUCAGACAUCAGCAGGUUCUUCAUCAAGAAAUGAAAAGAACUAAAAUAGAGUAGGUACAUGUUUGAAUUUUUUUUUUUUCAGCCUCAUUUUCCACUGACAUCAUGAGUAUCUCGCCAGUCGUCGUACGAGUUGAAGAGAUUUUAUUGACUUCAUCAAAUGCAAAUUCAGCCAACUUCUUUCUUGUCCCUGAACCGUCAUGAGUGCGCCAAGUUUGAUUUAUGAUAGCCCCCCUGAUUCUUUUUUCUUGCUUGAGGCUGAAGUAGAGCAGGUUGUUUGGAGGGAUGCAGCUAUUUUAAGAUUGUGCAAACUUAGUAGAAAAAGAGCAGGUGAGAUGAAUUAAGAUGGUGCAGCAGAAAACACAACCAGGUGUCCUCAUUGGUGCCUCCAACAUCAUGAAAGCUUGUGAAUCUUUUUUCUGAUUGCUUUGUAGAGAAAUAAAAAACUGUUUUCAUCU